ACCGUGCUCUCUGCUUAUAUUAUUAUCGCCCCUUUCUCUCUCUCUCUUCUUCUUCCCCUCUUACGAAAUCUGAGAGAGAAAUAACAUCUCUAAUCUAUUAGAAGUAAUAUGAUCGGACAGCUUAUGAACCUUAACGCGACGGAGCUCUGUCUUGGCCUCCCCCGCGGCACUAAAACCGCCGAGAGCCCGGCCAAAUCGGCGCUGAGUAACAAGAGAGGCUUCUCCGAGACCGUUGAUCUCAUGCUCAAUCUUCACUGCAACAAAGAAGUAGCCGUCGAUCUUAACAACAACACCAUAGCUUCCAAAGAGAAGACUCUCCAAAACGACCCUGCUAAGCCUCCUGCUAAGGCCCAAGUAGUAGGAUGGCCACCCGUGAGGAACUACAGGAAGAACAUGAUGACUCAUCAGAAGACAAGCGGCACGGAGGAGGCCAGCAGCCAGAAAGCCGGAAAUGGUGGAGGAGCCACCGGAGCUGCCUUGGUGAAGGUAUCCAUGGACGGAGCUCCCUACCUAAGGAAAGUUGACCUCAAGAUGUAUAAAAGCUAUCAGGAUCUCUCUGAUGCUUUGGCCAAAAUGUUCAGCUCCUUCACUAUGGGAAACUACGAAUCACAAGGAAUGAUAGAUUUCAUGAACGAGAGCAAGCUCAUGGAUCUGUUGAACAGUUCUGAAUAUGUUCCAAGCUACGAGGAUAAAGAUGGCGACUGGAUGCUCGUCGGCGAUGUCCCAUGGGUAAUGUUUGUCCAGUCGUGCAGACGUUUGCGCAUCAUGAAGGGGUCUGAAGCAAUUGGACUUGCUCCGAGAGCAAUGGAGAAGUACUGCAAGAACAGAUCAUGAAUUAUGAAAUAAGAAGAAAAAGAACCAUCAACGUUCAACCAUAUGGCGUGUUCUUGAUUUGUAUGUAUUUUUAUUAUCUAAUAUGGCUAUCCCCUAUGUAUGUGUUGUAAUUCAAAUACUUUAUGGGUAUCUAGGGCAAUAGUAGUAUUUUACCAGGAAGAUGUGGAAAAAAUUGUAAUGUGACCAAAAGAGAUGAAACUUAAAAGUCUCUGUGUUUGUGUCGUUUUUGUGUUUGUGUCGUUUUUAUUGUCCCAUCAUGCUUCUGUCGGUUUAAUGAUCAAUAACUAAUCGAUAUAUGCAUAUAUAGUGUAUGUAUGUAUGUAUGUAUAUGUACAUGUGUUUUGAUCCCUACUAAAGCAUGUAACUCUGUCGGUUAAAUGAUCAAUCACUAAUUG